UUCCGGCCUGUACAGAGAUCCUUGAAGGCUGGUUGGCUUGGUGAGGCCUGAGGAAUAGACUUUUCACUGAGUUGCUUCUAUGCUGUAAAACCCAGAAUAUUAGAAGAAAAUGAAAAAAUAUCCGCUUUUCGAAGCGCUGUGAUGUAGGAAACAAAGAAUCCGCAAUGAUAACACACUUCUGGAAUUUCUGAGAAUCCCUGCUCAAUACAAGAUGGACCCUGUGAUCUUGAGUUAUAUGGACAGUCUGUUGCGGCAAUCAGAUGUCUCACUAUUGGACCCUCCAAGCUGGCUCAACGACCACAUUAUUGGGUUUGCCUUUGAAUACUUUGCCAAUAGUCAGUUUCAUGACUGCUCAGACCAUGUCUGCUUCAUCAGCCCUGAAGUCACCCAGUUCAUUAAGUGUACCAGCAGCCCUGCAGAGAUUGCUAUGUUCCUUGAACCCCUGGAUCUUCCCCACAAAAGAGUGGUGUUUUUAGCUAUCAAUGAUAAUUCUAACCAGGCAGCCGGAGGUACCCACUGGAGUUUGUUGGUUUAUCUCCAAGAUAAAAAUAGCUUCUUUCAUUAUGAUUCCCAUAGCAGGAGCAACUCAAUCCAUGCAGAGCAGGUAGCAGAGAAACUGAAGGCUUUCUUAGGGAGCAAAGGAGACAAACUGGUCUUUGUGGAAGAGAAAGCCCCAGCUCAACAGAACAGCUAUGACUGUGGGAUGUACGUGAUAUGUAACACCGAGGCCUUGUGUCAGAAUCUCUUUAGACAACAGCCAGAAUCCCCACUGCAGCUACUCACCCCGACAUACAUCACAAAGAAGAGAGAAGAAUGGAAAGACCUAAUUGCCAGACUUGCUAAAAAAACGAAGUAGCUACCGAAGAAUGCUUGUGAUGUUUGAAGUCUGGUCUUUCUGCCUUUCUCUAUGGUGACAGCCUCAGUGCCUGAGGGGAAAGCACUAGUACAUGAAAGUUUACUAUUCCUGCUUCUUUAUUGUUCUGAAAGAAUGUCAUCCUCUGUGUUCUCUGAAUGGGAAGUUUCACUGUAACCCUGAGGAAAGCAGUACAUUCUUUGAAAAUGUCUUGAACUUAUGUACCAAAACCUUAAAAAAAAAAACAAAAACACUCAUUAUACAGUUUCAAGUAAGAGUCUUCUUUUCUUGUUAGUAUAAAACUAUUAUCCCUUUUGGUCUCCCUUCCUUGUUGGCUUAUUCCAAAGAAGAAGUAAUGUUCCAAAGCAAAUCAAUAACAUAUGAGAUCUAAAGACAUGCAUGAAGAAAACAGCAGAAGAACCAACAUCUUUGUUUCCCAGCCAUAGUGAAAGAGGCAUCCAACUGGAAUUGGAUCAUUACCUAACUCUACUUAAGGCCUUCAAUUUAUAAAAAUAAGGCAUUCUCUGGUGCAAAGGCUUUCUCAUCUGCAAAUACUUAAUAAAGAUGACUUUAGCUCAUCUUUAUUUCCUGGAAUGCUUUAAGAACAUGGAAUUUCAUUAAAAUAAAUAGCUGUGGGCUGGGAACUUUGAGGAAGAGCACCUGCUGUGGUGUACAGGAAGGCUUGAACUCAAUUCCAAAUUGUGGUAAAUUAAAACAAAACUGAACAAAACCACCUGCUGGCAUGUGGUGCAUCUCUUGUUUUCCUCAGUGGGUGACUCAGCUCUAAGUGGGGUAGAGGAAUCGAGACAGUCUCUUCAGUCUCUCAUACCCCAGGCUGGCCUACAACUUGAUGUGUAGUCACUUCUGAUCCUCAGACCUCCAGCUCUGGAAGAAUGAGAUUCCAGGUAUAUGCUACCACCCCUGGCUAAUCUCAUUUAUUCUCAUAUUUUUCCAGGUGGUCUUAUUCCUGUUUUAUAAUAAAUAAAUGCAACGUCAAUUGUG